UUUAAGUGAAAUGGGAAGCCUUGAAACCUCCAUGUUUGUAUCUUGAAAUUGCGAGCGGAGUUGAGCACCAUAUUGAAUCAAAGUUGCCAUCUCCCUGUCAAAUGUUUUCCAACUUUUCGACUUCAGACUUUAGCGGCGUUUCGACAACUUUUGGAGUGUAAUGGACGAACUUUAGGCGACUUGUGGCGAUGUUUCCCGGGCCGUUACAGCCUCGUUGUCGUUGACGUGAAGUAGUUUUAAUGCAGCAGCGAGUUAGCGAACAAUCUCUAACUUUAAAGUGUGAGGUCAGCAUUGUGGACCAGACCUGGAUGUGAUGGACAAUCCGUCCUCAGUUAUCACGCAAGUCAGCCGGGAUGAAGAGGGAAACAAAGCCGCAGGAGAGAGGGGUUCGUCCCCUGCUCUGUCCUCUAAGAAGCCUCGCAGCAGAGGCCUCCUCUCCAGCCUCUUCUGUUGUCUGUGUCGGGAUCAGCCCGAGCCUCCGCCCGUCAACAACAACGCCCCUCUGCUGGUCGAGGAGAACGGAACCGUCUCAAAGAUUCAGGUAAAGCCGCUGCUGCCUCCAGUGAAGUCAAAAGACUCUGGGAAGAUCUGUGUGGUUAUAGAUUUGGACGAGACAUUAGUUCACAGCUCUUUUAAGCCGGUGAACAACGCAGAUUUCAUCAUUCCCGUGGAAAUCGAUGGAACGGUACACCAGGUGUAUGUCCUGAAGCGGCCGCAUGUUGAUGAGUUUCUGAAGAGGAUGGGCGAGCUGUUUGAGUGCGUCCUCUUUACUGCCAGUUUAGCCAAGUAUGCAGACCCCGUCUCCGACCUCCUCGACAAAUGGGGCGCCUUUCGCUGCCGCCUCUUCCGGGAGUCGUGCGUCUUCCACCGAGGCAACUACGUCAAGGACCUGAGCCGCCUGGGCAGGGACCUCAACAAGGUCAUCAUCGUGGACAACUCCCCCGCCUCUUACGUCUUCCACCCUGACAACGCGGUGCCCGUGGCCUCAUGGUUCGACGACAUGUCCGACACCGAGCUGCUGGACCUCAUCCCCUUCUUCGAGCGGCUGAGCAAAGUGGAUAACGUCUACACAGUCCUCAAACAGCAAGGGACCGCGAGCUAACAGCGUUUGAUUUUUUUUUUAUCAUCUCAGCCUUGAACAACAACAGAUUUAAAAAACACCAGCUCCAGCUAUCACUGCCCCCUCUGAACACAGACUGCUUCACAGCUGACCGAGCCUUCACCUUCCCUGAAUCAAAACCAGGUCAUGUUUUUUGGUGUCGACGCCGCCACCUGCUGGUCAAAACUGUCUGGAAAAAGGCUGGGUACUAGACUUUCUCCUGUAUUAUGGGUGUAGCAGUCCCAUCCUGCAGAAAGUUCAGGAUUUAGACAGCAGGAAAGGAAAGACUUACACACAAACUGAUCAGUACUGUCACAUAAAGAGCAGACAGGUGUUGUUUUAGGUAAUAUUUGUCACCCUAAUCUCAUCAGAUCACACUAUAUGUCUGCAGACAAACACAAUGUGCCUUUUUAGAGUUUUUAGAGCGAUAUGAUCAGGUAUUGUUGCAUAAUCAUGACAGUGUUAUGGCUAAAUCUGAACAAAAGCGGGGUUGUAAAGUCUGAGAAAUUGGUAAGAGACUUUUUCAGUGCCUUGAGUGCAAUUCCAGCUUAAAAAACUUUUUUUUUUGGCCAAAAAAAUUUAGAAAAUUUAAAUUUCUUGCUUUUUCAGGUAGUAUCAGUACAACUUGUGGGAAAGUGGGAACAUAAAUCAGUUUAAAAAUCUGUUAAAACAUGCUGAUGCAUGUUUAAAAAUUGGACUUUCCUGCAGUGAUCACUCGAUAUGUUCCCCGCUAAACAAGCUAAGCUUUUUUGGCAAGUGUCUUUAAGGAAAAAGAUGAUGAAUACAAUAUUUUCCCUUUAAAUCCUGACACUAAUAUGAACAUCAGAGCAUCCACACAACUGUAAAGGAGCAGCUGCUAUGUUUAUCGGACAUAGAUCAUGAUUAUUGGACGUGAUGGACGCCCCAAAUCACCUGUCUUGGGCCAAGAGGACCAGUACUGCCUCCUGAAGCAGCUUGGAAACUGGUCUUAGUGAAUGUUGCAUCAUCACCAUUUGUGGUUUUAAAGCCACAUAUACAACACUUGAAUUUCUCUCAGCAUUUACAGACUGUAUUUGAAUGGUAAAAGAGAGCUGCAUGAUGCAAAAAAAAAGGAGUUCAACUUUGGCUUCUCAUAAGCUUCAGAGUACAUGUUUUUUUUCCUGAAAGCGGUACACAUUGGCUGGGAAGUAUUUCAGGACUUUGUUAUAAAAUGUGUGAGUGGUGAAGCUGCCAUGAGGACUCAGAAAAGGUGUUUGAAAAACAAAAUGUCCAGAUUUAAAGGAGAAAUUCACCCUGAAACGCUUCACUGUGAAAAUAAUACAAAAUUUGGUCAUUUUUUUUGCACCUUGGAUUAAAAAACAUCUCCAUAAAAUGUUUUUUUAGAAGAAAUAUCCACCAUUAAGAGGCAAAGAAGCAUCUUAUUCUCUGAAGCUGCAAAAAAAUGCAUUCUGGGAAAUGUAGUUAAUGUUUAACAGGAAUCAAAUUCAUCAAAAAUUUAUGUUUAACCACUUGAAGGAGUUAAAGAGUGGAUUAUUCCUUUAAAAUCAACUCCUACAUGGAGUUUGACCCAAACUGGACACCGUUGAGACUUCUCGUAUGCGUUGACAAUACCAUGUGUUGACACUGAUGAAUGCAGGUGGAUUUGACGAAGUGCCUCCGCUGAAGGCUUGUGAUGUGACUUAAUCUUGACGGGACAACAAGAACAAAUAAAUCCACUGUAUUAAGAGCUAUUACAUUAUUUUUCUAUGUUUAACAAAUUCUUGUCAAUCAAAUUAGCCUGUUUUUUUCUUUUCUAAAUAAUGAUUUAUUUCCUCUUUUUGCCCUGGAGUUGGUCCUCUUGAUGCAUUAAGUGCAUAAACACCAGCAAAUGACUAAAAAGUAAAGUAUGUUUCUGUUGUAGGCACAUAACUGGGUAAACGUUUCCAUAGGUGUUUCAUGUAAGCCAUCUUGUCUCAAUUGGGCUCAAUGCUGGUAACUGUUGUUUUAUAGUAUUUCAUUGGCAAGAAAGAAUAUUUAUAGGAGCAUACAGUCAUUUAAUUCACAUAAAACAAGUGUUGUGUCACUACAAGGGCCCAUUCACUGAUACUCUACUUCUUACACAUUCAGUAGGUUUGUAUAUUUUGUUUUGCACAGUAAUAAAGCAAACAAAUUGUCAUUAAUAUAUGGAAUAUUCAUGUUACUGUACUCAUGAUUGAAUAGAUGUAACCUAAUUUUUUUGACCUUUUGUUUUAUCAUACCAAAUUAUAUAUGGACUCUAUGUAAUGUAAUUUUCUUUCCCAUAAAUGCUAAAUGAAAGAUGGUCCAAGUGAGGUUUUGUUGAGCA